UCGACGGUGCUUCCGGUUUGGUGUCCUGAGACCUUUGUGGCGCGGGCCGCGGUGGAAACGGGGACGGUGGCCGGGCAGGAGGGUGCGGACCGUCGUUCCGCGUUCUCUUUCCCGAAUUCCCCACAGUUGUUACUAUGCGGUACAACGAGAAGGAGCUGCGGGCUCUGUCCCAGCAGCCGGCCGAGAUGGCCGCCGAGUUGAGCAUGCGAGGACCCAAGAAAGGCAGCGUGGCCAAGCGGCGGCUGGUGAAGCUGGUGGUCAACUUCCUGUUCUACUUCCGCGCCGACGAGGCCGAGCCCCUCGGAGCCCUGCUUCUGGAGCGCUGCAGAGUCGCGCAGGAAGAGCCCGGCGGCUUCUCUAUCAGCUUCAUCGAGGACCCCGAGAGGAAGUAUCACUUUGAGUGCAGUAGCCAGGAGCAGUGUCAGGAGUGGAUGGAGGCUCUGCGGCGGGCCAGCUACGAGUACAUGCGGAGAAGCCUCAUCUUCUACAGGAAUGAGAUCCGGAAGAUGACUGGCAAGGACCCCCUGGAGCAGUACGGCAUAUCCGAGGAGGCCAGGUUCCAGCUGAGCAACUUGCCCCAGGAUGGGCGGGCAGCAUUGGUCUGCGCUCGGCUAGAUGAGCUGGAUUAACGCUCUGCCCAGCCUCGAACUGGGUCCCCUGGGCGCAAAGCCCGAAGCUGGCUGGGGUGGGCGGGGCUCAGGCUACGGUUUUGGAGAAACCCAGCAAGUGGCCCUUCACUGUGCCUUGGGACCCACCAGAGGGUUCUGGCACCUGGGUGCCACAGUGUGCUGCUAGGCCAAGUGCCCCCUGUGUGCUGGGCGUACCCCCCUGCACGCUGGGUGUGUCCCUGGCCGGCAGGGCCCUCCGGUCCUGCGCCAGCUGAAUGUACGGAGCUAAGGGAAGCUGUGAAUGGUGAGGGGCUCCCUCUGCCAGCGGUGACCUCCACUCCUGUUGAGGGGGACGGCUGGUCCUGGCCCUGGGCCACCACACUCACUGUGUUCAAUAAAGGUACCUCUUUCUACACUGA